AUGGAGCAAACAACAGCAAAAUCAGAAUCCGAAACACCAACUCUUCCGGAUGAUGUAAUAGUAGAGAUGAUUCUACCUAGACUUCCGGUAAAACCCUUAAUCCGCUUCAAAUGUGUAUCAAAAUUUUGGCUUACUACACUUUCAAGCAACAAAUUCGCAAAAACCCACCUCAAUAUUUCAUCAUUAUCCAACACUAAAUCCCUCAUUUAUAAAGAGAUUAAUUGUUACCGAAGGCAUAACGGCCGCUUUUUAUCCUUUGAUGAAUGCAACAAUAUGAAAGAAUUUGUCAACUUAGAGGACAGAUAUAAUGGCCCGAGGUAUGGACCUACUCCUCGGGCUACUCGUAUCGUGGGCUCUUGUAAUGGUGUUUUGUGCUUGUUUGAUAGCGAUUUGUUUGAGUUUGUUCUGUGGAACCCUGUAACGAAUCAUUACCACCUUGCUGGUGGGCUUGAACUUAAUUAUGUGCCAAAUGAUGAUGUUACCAGUGUCGGAUUUGGUUACAUAUCUUCUAUUGAUGACUAUAAGAUAGAAGCUAGAGUUUAUAGGGAUGAGAAAAGUCACAUCGUUGGGUUGAACUUAGUCAGUGGACUAUUGACAAAAGUCCAAUUGCCGAAUUUACUUACUAGGAAUUUCGAUGCUAAAGUAUUCGAGAUAAAAGGGAGUUUGUCAUUGUGUUGUACCAUGUAUGAUCAUGGUAGACGACAUACUACACGAGUUUAUGAUGUUUGGACUUUAAAGAAUAAUGGUGACGGAAAUUCUUGGGAAAAAUCGUUCUCAAUCAAUAUCAAAGGCUUGACUUUACUUUACAUAUUUGAGACGGGAAAAUGUUUGGUAACUCGAAACUCAAACCAGCUUAUGCUAUUUGAUCCUAAUGAGGCAACAUCGAGUUCAUCGACUGAAGGUGAUGGAGAAGUUGCGGCUAUUUGGCAGCGACGCAAAAGAUCAAGAGGAAAUUUGUCAAAUUUCUAUCACAAAGCUAUAGCAGACGUCUGGAACUAUACAGAGAGUCUCAUUUCGCCUUGUGGUAUAUUUGCGUGUGGUGAAUGA